AUGUCGAUAUUUUCCGAUGAUGUCUUGCUGACGCGCUCCCGAAGCAACAGCGAGUCGCAGUUCAAGUCUACGCGCGCGGAAAAGCGUCUGGGCCGGCUGUUCAAGCCUCCGUCCACCACGAGCUCGACUCCCAAACAGGGCCCCUCGAACACCAACAGCUCCACAGCCAGCGUAGGGUCGUCGGUGCCGUCUGCGAGCGGCAAGGGCGAGCCCAAGCAGCUGGCACUGGAGGAUCUGAAAUACCAUGUUGGGCGAAAUCUGCGCAGCAUGAGCCAGAGUGCCAUUCCUACCACCUCGUCGGUGACGGGGCAAAAUGGCGGGCUGUCGGCGUCGGCUCUACCCAGAAAGCCGUCUCUGGCAUCGCAAACAGCCGGCACGGACGGCAAGCUGACCACGUUGCGCGAGGUUCACGGCUCGGCGGCCUCAGAACGGCUGGUCUUUUCUGACACCAUGAAAAUAGCACACAAAGUGCGAUUUGUCUACUCCGAGUUUACGAGCGUGCUAAAAAACCUGGGGAUCUCUAUCAACACGUCAACAAACUCGUUCAACAACUUUGUGAGUCUGUACGACUUUGUCAACCGACGUGCCAACGAUACAGACAGGGAAGCCAUCCAGGAGAGUCUUCGCUCGCAGCUGGCGACGCAGCUGGUUGAACUGUUGAAGGAUCUGCGCAAGAUAGUGGACCAUCUCACGUUUCCGAGCCACAUGGUGGCGUCGCUGAGCACGGAAACGAUCAGAAUGGCGUACUUUUCGCUGUUUUCGCUGCUGGUGGAGCUGACAGGUAUCUGCAAAAUUCUCGAUCCGUCGUUCACACCUCGGACACAGCAGAAAACCUCGCGUCCCGCCCAACUUGCGGCUGCUCCGCUGGCGCCCCAGAAGCUGCGCACACAGCCACCCAAGAUUAAUAGGGCGCCGCCUCCGAAUCCGCAGCACGCUCAAACAAUUCCUGUACCUCAGCGUCAGCCAUCCGUGCAUCGCCAGCCGCUCAAGAUCGACACGAAUCUGCCGGCGGUGCCGCGGCAGGACUCGGAGCUGAGUGCUAUCAGCAACAUCGAGUCAACGACAGACAACGAGAAGCUAUACGAAAUCAUCAGCUUCACGACACAGGCGGCCCACGCUGUGUUCACCCAGCUCAACGAUGCGCUGGCCAAGAGCGCCAUCAGCACCGCACAAAACACACAGAACUCGCAAGUCUCGCAGGACGGCGGCCCAGACACCCAGGAUCUACCCAACAUCGCGCAAAAGGUCAAGGAGCUCACGACAUACUGCAUGAGCUCGAUGGAGCAGACCAAACGGAUCAAGACGGUGCUCAAUCAGACGCGCAGCGCGCAGCGGCUCGACGAGGACCAGCAAAAGAGACUCUACGAGGAAACAAACCUGUUUCUCAAGUCGAUCAUCAGCUUUUUGGCAGCCACAAAGGGUGCGUUGCAGGACAUGCCAGCGCUGAACGAGGUGCGUGGGGCACUCUCGAACCUUACGCGAGCCACCAAAGAGCUGACGAUCCGUCUCGAAACAAGCGUGCUCAAGCAGUCGGUCACCAACGCCACGGACCAGCCGCCUCUCUCAUCGAUCCCGUCGGUCGCCAACUUCCAAAACGGCCAUUUUGGCCAGGAAGCCACCGCCCGCACAGUUCCGUCACCGCUCCAGUCGGAAAAGGAGGACUCGAUGCAGCAGCACGUGAAGAGUCUCCAGACGAGUGGCCUCGAGCAUGUGGCGCAGCUGCCGGUCACGACGCCGCUCGUGGCGUCCAUUGGGCCCACUGCCGCUUCUGUCGUGCUGCCGGUAGCCUCGCCGAUGGGUGUGAACGUCAACCCGCCCGAGUACAACCCGUUUGAUAAGUUGAGCGACGCCGACGCGAAGCGUGUUACGUAAGGCGGACGGAAGAGAUUACGAAAUUCAGGCUGGAAAUUAUUUUCGUGAAUAAGCGAACAUGAGUGUGGAGAUCAAGGGCAGCACUGGCUACGGUCUUAUGUCGCUGACAUGGCGGCCGCAGCCUGUUUCAUAUGAACAGGCAUUUGCCACGAUCAAUAACGCCCUUUCGGACGGCAUUGAGUUCUUCAACGCGGGCGAGUUCUACGGCAAUCUGCCUAACGAUAAGCACGCCAAUCUGGAGCUUUUGCGGGCCUAUUUUGCCAAAUACCCUGAGUCGCGUUCCAAGAUGGUUGUCUCCGUGAAGGGGUGCGUUGACCUUCCGAAUCCGCCGGACAACUCGCCUGAGAACAUUGCCAAGUCCAUCCGCAAUAUUGCCUCGUAUUUUCCGGACGGGAUGUUUGAUAUUUUUGAGCCGGCAAGACAGGACGGCAAGCAUCCUAUCGAAGAGGUGGUGAGAAGCAUUGUUCCUUUUAUUGAACAGGGCGUUGUCCGCGGAAUUUCCCUAAGCGAGGUGUCUGCCACCACUGUUCGUCGCGCUGCCAAAUUGUUCCCAAUUUCGUGCGUGGAGGUAGAGUUUUCACUCUGGUCGCGCGACAUUCUGAGCAACGGUGUGAUGGACGCGUGCAGGGACUUGGGAAUACCUGUGAUUGCGUACUCGCCGCUCGGCAGGGGCUAUCUGACCGGCCAGAUAAAAUCGGUGGACGACAUUCCCGAAGGCGAUUUUCGGCGGACGUUGGACCGGUUCUCGUCGCAGGAGGUUCUGGAGAACAACAUGAGCGUGGUCAAAUUGGUGGAGGAGCUUGCAAGGCAGAAAAAGUGCACUUUGGCGCAGAUCGCGCUGGCGUGGAUCCGCAAGCACAACGAGUUCCCUGAAAAAUACGCCAGGGUGAUCCCGAUCCCGUCCUCGUCAACGCCAGCGAGAAACCACGAGAACAACACGGAGAUCCCACUCACAGAUGCCGAAUUUGCGGCCCUGAACGAGCAACUCGACAAGAUCGAAAUCAGGGGCGGUAGAUACAAUGCGCAUGCGGCGGACUAUCUCGAAAAAUAAAUGAAUACCAUUUAUUUAUCUGCGUACUUACUAAAACAGUCUCUCGUACGGGGAUUUAAACCGGCUUAGCAACCGGCUGUGCCAACUGGUUCGCUUGCUGUCGAUGACGUCCAUUUUUUCGACGUCCAUCGACGAAAGAACCUGGUCGUCGGCCCAUUCAACACGCUCCUCUGCAACACGUAUGUUGUCCAACACGGGCAUCUUCCAGCUCUUGAGACGGAGCGAGUUGAAAACAACGCUCACAGAAGAACACGCCAUCGCUGCCGAUGCAAUCAUCGGGUUCAUUGUGAGGCCGCAAGGAAUUAUUAAAAGGCCCAUCGCAAUUGGGAGCAUAAUCAGAUUGUACACCACGGCCAGAACAAAGUUCACCUUAAUGCUGCGGAACGUGCGCUGCGAGAUGUCCAGGGCGGCAAGAAUUCCUGCGGUGCCGUCCUUGCGACCGUACUCCUGCAACGCGAUGCCGUCGUCGUCGUCGUCCGGCUGCACAGAGGAGAGCAGCACCACGUCUGCAGCCUCAAUGGCUAUAUCGGUGCCCGUGGCAAUAGUCAUGCCCAAGUCUGCCUGGAUGAGCGCCGGCGCAUCGUUGAUGCCGUCGCCGACAAAUGCAACCUUGAGGCCGUGUUUUUGCAUCUGGUCCACCACGCGCAGCUUGUCGUCAGGCUGGGCCUGCGCAAAAACGUUCAUCAGCGGGAUACCCACGGCCUGGGCAACGGCACGUGCAGUCUGCACGUUGUCCCCCGUCACCAUGGCAACGGCAAAGCCUCGGUCGAUCAGCGCAGAAACGGUGCCGGAAGCGUCGGACUUGACCGUGUCGGCCAGCUCGACGUAGCCAAUGUACUUGUCGUUGACAAGAAUGUGCGAGAACGUGGAGAUGUGCGGGUUGUUGAGGCGCGUGCAGCAGUCGAGAAAGUCGGCCAGGUUGUCGAUUUUUCUCUCCUUCAUCAGCUGGUCGUUUCCUAUAGCAACAUUAUAGUCCUGACCGUCCAGCCUAGUCUGGGCCUCCAAUCCAAGACCCACAAUGUUGUGCACCUUGGUGACCUCGACUGCAAGUAGCGAGGUGCGAGCAGAGGCUCCCAAAACCAGUGCUUUUCCAACAGGGUGCUCACUAUCGUGCUCUAUGGCAUGAACUAUGCUCCAGACCAGUUUCUCGUCCAUGUCACCGAUAAAGUGGUAGUUCGACACGCGCAUCUUGCCUGUCGUGAUGGUGCCUGUCUUGUCGAAUACGACACAGUUGAUGCCGCUCGCUUUUUCCAGUAUGUCAGCACCCUUGAUCAAAAUUCCGUUCGUGGCCCCAACGCCGGUACCAACCAUCACCGCCGUCGGCGCGGCCAGUCCGAGCGCACACGGACAGGCCACAACGACGACAGAUAUUGCGAUUUGCAAGAUUCUGGAGAAAACAACGUUCCCGGUGUCGCUGUCGACGAAAUACGCCGGCACUUUGUCGGCAGGCAGGCAGAAUAUGUAGACGCACCAGAAAAUAAAGGUGAGCAGCGAUAGUACCAAGAUUGUAAUGACAAACUUGCCGGCAAUCACGUCGGCAAAUUUCUGGACCGGCGCCUUGGUGAUCUGGGCGUCUCUCACAAGCUUGACGAUCUGCGACAGGUGCGUCUUCUCGCCAAUCACUUCGACACGCAUGUACAAGGGCGACGCGACGUUGAUGGAUCCGCCGUACAGCUUGGAGCCAAUUCUUUUCACCACGGGAAGGCUUUCUCCCGUCAAAAGCGCCUCGUCGACCUCUGAGGACCCGUAGAUACACUCGCCGUCGGCAGGCACUUUUCCACCGGGAUGGAGCACCACCACGUCGUUUUUCUGGAGCAGGUCGGUGCUUAUCUCUUUCUGGGGUGAGUUGAGGUCGUCAGGGUUUUCGAGAAUCGUGCACAUGGAUGGUGUCAGGGACAAAAGCUUCGAAAGAGCAGUAGACGUGUUGCCCUUGGCCUUGGAUUCUAUCCAUUUGCCGAGAGAGACAAAUAUGAAGAGCAUGGCAGAAGUGUCGAACAUGACGGAAGCGGGCUUUUGAGAAUCAUGGAAAAUGGCGUUCAGAAUGGAGCAUGUCGAGUAGACGUAGACAGUGGUGGUGGAAACACAUAUUAGGAGGUCCAUGGUACCGUUGCGAUGCCGGAUGGCCUUGUACGAGUUGAUGUAGAACCGUCGAGCAAGCCAGAAUUGUAUGUAUGAGCCAAGACAAAACUCGAGCAGCGUCUCGAGAAAGAGGCCGUGAUACAGCACUAUGGGUGUCCAAUGGACGUGCAGUAUCAUGGCCAUCAGCGGCCAUAUGUGGUGGCGGAAGAAGAUCGGGAACCCAAAGGCCACCAUUUUCAGAAACGUCUGUCGCCAGUAGGCCACGUCGCGGACCUUCAGCAGCAGAUCGAGCUGCGAUGCGGAAUCCAAGUUCGAGUUCAGGAUAGCGUCAAAUCCGCAGUCCUCUAUCACCUCCAUGAUCUUUCUUAUGCCUGUGCGAUUCGUGUCGUAAACAAUCCGAGCUUCUUCGGUGGCCAGCGCCACUUGACAGCUGACGACGCCGUCCAGUUUCAUCACCGCGUUCUCGAUCGAGUUCGAGCAGUUCGAACAAGUCAUUCCGUAGAUUUUCAGCGCCAGCGACUCGUUGUCGUUGAUCGCCUGCUCGUUCUUUGUCUCCAACAGAUUGGCCUCAAACCCGCAGUCUUCCACGGCCUCGCACAGCCUGCUAGCCUCGCACGUAUGUGUCACAGUCGCCUGCUCGGUCAGAAGCGAAACCUGCACAGCCUGGACUCCGUCCACCUUUUUCAGUGCGUCCGUCACGGCGUUGACACAAGAACUGCACGUCAUGCCUCCAAUGGUGAUAUAUGACGUGCGCAUUUCUGUGGCCGCGUCCUCCGACGCAAUCACUCUCGCUCCAAAGCCUAUAUCCUCGACGGCGUGCUGGAGAGCCGAUGCCGGGACGGCGUGCGAGUGCUCGACCAGAGCCUCCUCCGUAAUCAGUGCCACCUGGACGGCCUCGACGCCGUCUAUCUGCCGCAGGCAAUCCUCAACCGCAGCCGUGCAGGCCGAGCACGUCAUUCCAUCGAUGUGCA